UAAAAAAAUAAAUAAAUGACGAAACUCGAAUCUCUACCUCACCUCCUCUCUAACUCGCCACGUGUACACACACGUUCUAACUACGCCACCAUAUUUACCUUCACUGGAUUGCUCUGCACAAAACCCUAUUUUAAACCCUAACGCUGGAUUCCUCCCCCACAUACCACCCCCCUCUCUUUCUCUCUCUAGAAUUAGGAAUUUCAACACACAUUCAAGAUUUCCAAAGGCGAUGUCGGAAUUAGCCAGAAGAAAGUGUCGCAUAGGUUACGCUCUUGCGCCGAAGAAAGAGCAGAGUUUCAUACAACCUUCCUUGGUUCAACAUGCCAAGGACCGUGGUAUUGAUCUCAUCCGAAUCCAUACCGACAAACCAUUGACCGAACAAGGUCCUUUUGAUUGCAUCAUACACAAACUUUAUGUUGAAGAAUGGAAGAAACGAUUGGAUGGGUUUUCCCUACAAAACCCUAAUGUUGUCAUAGUUGAUCAGCCAGACGCCAUUGAAAGGAUCCACAAUAGGGUAUCAAUGCUUCAAGUUGUGAAUGGAUUGAAAAUAUCUCAAGAAAAUGAAACUAUUGGGGUUCCGAAGCAGAUUGUGAUCUACAAUCAAGAAUCGUUGUUGGACCAGAAAGCUCUUGAAGAAUUGAAGUUUCCUGUUAUUGCCAAGCCGUUGGUUGCUAAUGGGAGUGUGAAUUCGCACCAAAUGUUGUUGGUGUUCAAUAAGGAAGGACUGAAUGGGCUGACACCACUGCCGAUUGUUUUGCAGGAGUUUGUGAACCAUGGUGGAGUCAUUUUCAAGGUGUAUGUUGUUGGGGAAUACGCACAGUGUGUGAAGAGGAGGUCAUUGCCUGAUAUUUCAGAGGAAAAAUUGGGGACAAUGGAGGGUCUGUUAUCGUUCUCGCAGAUAUCGAAUUUGGCUAGUGAAGAUCAGACUGAUGAUCUUGAUGCAAGGCUUGUUGAAGAGGCUGAUAUGCCGCCAUUGAGUUUUGUCACUGAGAUAGCCAAUGGGUUGCGAAAAGCCUUGAGGCUUAAUCUUUUUAACUUUGACGUGAUCAAGGACAAUAGGGUUGGAAAUAAGUAUCUUGUUGUUGACAUCAAUUACUUUCCUGGUUAUGCUAAGAUGCCUUCAUAUGAAAAUGUUUUAACAGACUUUUUCUGGGAUAUUAUACAAAAGAAACGAGACGAGGAGGCGAGUUUGGAUGCUAAAAAUAAUCAGGGUAGUGGCUCUGAUCAUAGGGAGAUCCUUACUUGUGACAAGGAUGAACAGAACUAGUGAGCAACCUCCUCCACAAAGAUGGGGAAGAUUGAGCUUAUGCUGUUCUACCCAUUAGGAGGAGAAUAAUGCUUAUGUACCGAGUUUGUUGAUUUGGCCCUGCAUAAAAUGCAUGGUUCCUUUUGUAAUGCUGAUACUUAAUAAUUUGCAUUGGUGGGUUUUACUGAACCUUUUCAAUGGUGCUUCCUCUCUUACUUUGUUUAUUGCGAGGUGUGUACAAUGUAUUCAAAUUGCACUUUAUUUUUGGAA